AUGCAUCCUAUUCAAACUAUAACAUACAUUCUCCUCGUUCACAUAUCCUUCGGACGAAGCAUUUUCUCCCGACAAGAUUCCAAGCCUCUUGAUAAAAGAUGGAAUAUAGAGCUACUCGGCUUGCCCACCACGGGUACUAGACCCCCAGCUCCUAUAACUGAAGCCGACGUGAACCACUACAUCGACCAAAUCGCAGAGAUAUCUCAAUACAUUGUAGAUUAUGUUGUUCCUGGCGAAGCCCUCUUCAUUCAAUGGUUUGGCGAGCCACAGUUUCACACCUUCGUCAUAAGUGCGUUCGUUCCUAUCCCAUCCCAAGUUGUAAAACAAUCCGUUCACUAACCACGAAAGUACAAUAAGAUAUCUUCCGUCGACUUUCCAAAAUCAGAACAUUCGCCGGCCUGGUCGGGAACCUACAAAUAGCUGUGAAUGCCGACAUGACACCCACCCCGAGGAAAACCAACAUCGGCAACCCAGUCUCGAUGUACGUGAACGCAGGAGAAGGACCCAUCAUCAAAGUCUUUGAAGAAUGGAAGACUCUUUAUUCUUUCCUGGAUUUCGUUUUGAAUCCUGCGAACUCGCAAGUUGAAUACCUGCAUGCGUUUCUUAAUACCAGACAGGGUGUUCUCUUCCACGAAUUGCUUCAUUUUGUUACCGAUCUCGAGUUUUAUGGACCUGUAAUUGAUGGUUACCCACGAAAUGGCGAGUGUUCAUUGCCUACAUAUCUGGGACCAUGCUGA